AAACCCUUUUGUCCCCCAGAGCUGGUUGUCUCCUCGACCCCAGGGAUCGCCUGUGUGUGUCCUAAAAGGGAGGGGCCAAAGCAAGAUCCUGUCACUUAGAGCCUGGUCAGGUCCUGGUGGAGGGAGCAGUGCCAGCGGGGACGGCAGGCUAGGGUGGGUCUCACUGUCAGGCCUCUGACCUUUCAUGGGGCAAAGACUCCCCGCUCCUGCUGACAAACUGGGCAGCCUGGGGCCAAGUUCUCUCAUCUGCCAACUCCACCCUCCCUCUCAUUGCUGCCCAGAUCCUGUCUACUGAGCCAGUCCUGCUCAUGCACCAAAAGUCUGCUUCUGCCUCUGAGCCCAGGGGCAGUCCCCACCUUUGCACAGACAAAGUCAGUCCUGCACACCUCCGCUGCACAGCUCUCUGUGCUGAGGCCCUGUCUUCCUCUCCUGCUCCACCAGCAACAGGCGUCAGACUCCACAGAUUGACGUUCCUGGGCAUCUUUUGAUUCACGGUGUCAGCUCAGGACUUGUAGUGUCCUGCAUCUCUAUUCUGUGACAUUCACCUGCCUUUUCCUUUCAGUCCUUUCUCACUCACCUCCCUGUCUCCAGGAGAGCUGGAGGUUAGGACCAUAAGAAUGCCCCUUCAGAAAGAGACUUGUGGUCCAUCUAGUGCAGUAUCCCAUGUUCCUGACACUCUGGAAGAGACCCCAGGGCUAUACAGUCCAGUAUCUGACAUUGGCCAGUGCCAGAUGUGUCAUAACUAUGCAAUAUGCUGGGCUGGGGGAUCAUUCCUGAGCCCACCCUCUGCAAAAGCAUUUGGGUUUAGGGCAUGCCAGGAGCUGGCAGCAGAUCCAGGAGCCAGAGAAGCCAGCUACAGCACCUCCAGGAGUGUGGAAGAGGAUGCUCUGAGCCCUGCUACCAUGCUGGAGACAGAGGGUCAGAGCCUGCUAGCACUGACCCACCAUCCAAUGUUAGCCAGAGAGCAGGGAGCCAUGUGCCAUGGGCCAGGGGAGGCCUGGCUCCCAGUGAAGCAGCGGGUGGGAUCCCUGUCAGACACAGCAAUGACUUGACAGCUUCCUUGCUCUGCAUGGGCUGUGCUGCCCGGCAGUGCCAAGCUGAGCUUUGUGGCAUGUUCCUGAGUGGUGGUACCUGUCUGGGGAAAGCUGCUGCCAGGCUGUGAUCUACACCCUGCACACACCAGGGCAGCACCUGCCCUGCUCAGGUGAGCUAAUGCACCCACCCAGACAUGUACAAACACACACAGACCUGACAUCCCAGACCUGCACACGUGCACACAUGCACAGAGCUGUACACCCCCGACUUGCACACACACAUGCAGAUGCAUGCACACACCCAUAAACCCACACAGCGAUCUGUACAUCCCCUACCUGCACCUACAUCUAUACACAUGCAUGCACACCCCUACCUGCACACACCCCUGUACACAUCCACACACACACACACACAGAGAUCUGUACAUCCCCUACCAGCACACAUCCACGCUCACACACACACACAAAAUCUGUACACCUCCUAACCUGCACACACCCCUGUACGUUUGCUGAGAGACACAGAUCUGUUCACCCCCCUACCUGCACACACCCCUGUACACAUGUGCGCAUGUGCACACAGAGCCCAUAACAAAUGUGUUUUCUCUGCUUGUCUUCUGCUGUGGUCCAUUCCUCUCUGCACCAUUUCCCCAAACCCAUACUGGACCCUGUGUGUAACCCCUCCCCCCUCCACAUCAGUGGUACAUUCCUCUCUGUGCGCUCCCACACCCACUCCCUGCUGUUCUGCCCCACUCCACCAGUACAGUGUCCCUGCUCUCCAUGCUCUCUGUGCUGCACCCAUCAGGCACAUGAACACGACGUGGGGAAGACGACACAGGUGGCCGUGGCUGUGGUGGAUACAUUUGUGUGGCAGGCUCUGGCCUCUGUGGCUAUCCCCGGCUUCACCAUUAACCGCAUCUGUGCUGCCUCCCUCUACUUCCUGGGCACCAUGACCCACUGGCCCCUCCCCAUCCGGAAGUGGAUGACCACAGCCAUCGGCCUCUCAGCCAUUCCCGUCAUCAUCAAGCCCAUUGACAGGUCAGUGGAUUUCCUGAUGGAUUCCAGCCUCCGCAAACUCUAUGGUGCAGAAGAGAAACGUCCUUCUUCAUGAGGCAGCCCCCUUACAUAGCUAAAGCGGGGGGGGGGCACUCCUCUCAUCCACCCAGCUCCACACCUCACAACUGACUACACUGUAUUUAGAGUCAUUUUCUGCUGUUAAGCCAACUUACUGUGACAUGGGGGCAGGAGAGCAAGUGGGCUGGGCAGCCCUGCCCCAGCACAGGCUCACCCCUGCUUCAGAGGCAUUAGCACUAGCCCUGAAUUGCCAGGUGCUGGUUGCCCAACCCAAAUGCUGGAGGCCCAGCUGCUUUGGCAGCAUGAGAUUUCAGGGUUGUUCUUGGUCCUUCGUGGCCACGGGGGAAGAAGAGAGAGGAAAAGUGCAAUUGCUAUCAAAACCCAGUGGUGCCAGGGGAUAUUAAUACAGGCUAGGGCUGGCAUAUUCUGUAUCUUAGGAAGCCCCAGGACAGGUUAGGUUUGGCCCAUUGAGAGAUCUGUAUUUACUGUGGGGGAAAAGAGAAAACCAAACACCUGUUCUGGGGGUUAAUUGCACUAACUCACAUUCCUCUAACUGGCUCCAGUUCCUGCUGUUGUGUAGUGGGAACCUGACUAGUCAAACUCUGCAAUUCCCUCUCCUCAGAAUAAACUGCUUUAACCUGAAUUCA